AUGACAUACCAGAUGUUAACCACCGCGUUCACACUUCACCCAUCGUGCUGGCGCUGGGUGCACGAACACGUAUCCUUCGCGGUAGCCUCGCGCCCGGAAGGCCUAGGUUUCACAGGCAAGGCGCAUGCCUUCGGCAGCGAGGAUGACUUCGUCCGCGCCGUCGAGAGGGGAUCGAUUAAGAAGGGCGAGAAGACGGGCGUCGUGCUGAGAUACCUCGGGCCGAAGGUGGAGGAUGAUAAGCACAGUUCAGUACGGAUGACGGCGAAGCGGUCUUGGGAAGCCUUCGACAGCCGUGACGCGUACUGCGUGUCGACCAUCGUAGCAAAGGAGAAUUCGAUCUUGGACAAUGGGUCGACUUUAGAAGUCCACCGGUGCUGGUUCAGCUAA